AAGGAUGAGACACUGAACGUUUGAUCCAAAGAAAGAGAUAAACAUUAAACACCACAGAAUUCGUAGGCACCGCAUAAUUGAGAUAGUUGCAGUCACCAUGGCACUUGCUCAACUCUCUGCUUCUCUUUCUCUCUCUUUUCGUGAUGCUUGUGUUUUCACUGCACCAAAAUUCACUGCCACUUCUCGCUUUGCCCCUCCCAAUUUGGUUCCAACUCGAGCACCUUUCAUCGCUGGUUCCCCACUGUUGAUUCGAAGAAGUCAUGGAAGGAAACCCACAUACAAAGCAAUAUCUGUUUCAAUAAGAUGUGAGCAGAGUACCCAAGAAGGAAACAGUUUGGAUGUGUGGCUAGGUCGGCUAGCCAUGGUUAGCUUUGCAAUAGCCAUUACUGUUGAAAUUUCUACCGGGAAGGGACUCCUAGAGAAUUUUGGACUCACAACUCCACUGCCUACAGUUGCUCUUGCAGUAACGGCACUGGUGGGUAUCUUGAUGGCAUUUUUCAUCUUCCAGUCAGCCUCAAAGAACUGAUCAAUGUAUUUAGGCUGGUAGUGUCUGGUGUAAAUUCUGAAGCUCGCUGAUUUCAUUUUUUGAGAUAUAAUUUUAUCAUUUUUUCUUGUAUUAUUUGUUAUGUUGAAAAGAAUUGGCGUUAAAGCCAGGAAAGUUAAAAGUAAUGACGCCUUAAAUCAUUGUAUGGCAUCACCUUUCCCUGUUGCCUUUAUCCAGGCUAAUCUUAUUUGUUGUGAAAUCUUGUCCUCGUUGCAUUAAUUGUGAAUUAAGGAGGAAUUUCACUUAAUCUCGUGAGUUUCCAAGCAGCAUAAUGCAUCACUCACCCAACUAAAAUUGACACAGAAUAUUGUGCAUGUUUGGGGGAACCACUGUUAUUGUGUCAACCGGGCAAAGAGGUUCUUACAGAAGUGUGAGUGAAGGAUUCCAAUUGUGGAUCUUUAGUCCUCGGGGAAGACAACCAUUCUAUAAAGUUUAAACUGGGGGAAACUGUCAGAACCAUACCAAUUAUUGGUAUCCACGAGAAUACCUUCCCUCCUUGUUGAUGUACUUAAUGGCUUCCAAUUCUCACUUUGAUAUCCUUUAAUAGUAUAUUAUUCAUGGCUAUUGCACAUGCGGCAAGCCUAAAUCGGAACCGUAGGAUUACCUUUGGUUUUAUGCUACAAAAUUUUGAAAUUAGUCUAAUUGUGUUGCUGU